AUGCAUGUUUGGUCCUUUGAAAUAGGUCUUUUGGAGCAUUCUGGAGCAUAUGGGACAAAGGAGCAUGGAGGGACUUGGCACAUGGAAGCAGCUCAACUGGAUACGCAAAGGAAGAAGGGAGAAGCCAUCUUGAAGACCAGCUCGACCGUCCACUCGACCAACCGGUCGAGUUCCUCAACUCGACCGGCCAAGCUUCAACUCGAUCGAGCUGGAAGUCAAAGUGUAUGCGAACUCGAUCGAGUCGGUCUAACUGAAGACUUGGUCGAGCUAGACAUUACAACGGGUAGAAAGAGGGUUCAGAGGUCACAGAGGGUACAAGAGGAACCUGAGGUGCUUGUUGCUGAUACAAUGGAUGUACCAGAGGGGAAUGGAAACCCUUUGGGCAAUGGACUCGGUCGAGCUAGGCAAACUCGACCGAUUGGUCAAGGAGAUGCUCCAAACCGCCACCAACAGAGACAAGGGAUUGUUCCACCACCAGUGCAGAACCACAACUUUGAGAUCAAGCUGGGAAUGAUCAACCUUGUCCAGAACAAGAUGUUCCAUGGAUUGCCAAGUGAAGACCCCAUUGACCACCUUGAUGAGUUUGAUAGGCUUUGUGAUUUGACAAAGAUCAAUGGUGUCUCUGAAGAUGCCAUCAAGCUGAGACUCUUUCCUAUGUCUCUAGCUGACAAAGCUCACCAAUGGGAGAAGAGCUUGCCCCAUGGCACAAUCACCACUUGGGAUGAAUGCAAGAAGGCCUUUCUUGCUAAGUUUUUCUCCACCGGUCGCACAGCCAAGCUUAGAGGAGAGAUAUCCAGCUUCAUCCAGCGAAACAAUGAGACAUUCGCAGAGGCUUGGGAGAGGUAUAGGGAGAUGCUAGACACAGCUAGCAAUGGGAACUUCCUCAACCAGGAUGUAGAUGAUGGCUGGCAACUUGUGGAGAACAUAGCUAACUCAAAUGGAAGCUAUGGAGAAGAGUAUGAUCGCACCAACCGGAGCUCGACCCACCACUCGAUCGAGUCAGACGAAAAGUUGAGAAAAGAUGUUAAGGCAUUGAAUGAGAAGUUGGAUAAGCUGAUCCUAGCUCAGUCCACAAUGAAGAAAGUCAACUUUGUGUCUGCUGAGGAGAUGGAACCAGUCCAAGAAGGGGAGGAUACACAAUUUGCUGAGGUGUGCUACAUGAGCAAUGGGCAAGGAGGUUACAACAAAGGAUACUAUAAUUACAAGUCCAACCCUGCCAUGUCAUACCGCAACACUGAUGUUGCUAACCCUCAGGACCAAGUAUAUCCUCAACAACAAGCAGCUCGAUCGAGUCAGGUGCCACAACAUGGGUAUGGUCAAAAGAACAAUUACCAAGGACCACAAGGCACUUUCCCUGGACAACAAAUGAAUAUCCCACCAGGCUUCCCCCACCAACCGCCCCAGCCUGCACCUUCACAAGAGAAUGAGCUCAAAGCAAUGCUAAAGCAACUACUUCAAGGGCAAGCUGAUGGGGUAGUGGACACAAGCAAGAAGCUAGCUGAAAUAAACUCUAAGAUCGAGAACCUCAACACAAGGGUUUACUCUCUGGAGAAUCAUGCUUCUUCUGUUGCUGCUGCUACAAAGCAAGGACAACUACCUGGUAAAGCUAUUCAGAACCCCAAGGAACAGUGCAAGGUCAUCUUCACUCAAGAAGGACUUGUUGAAGAAGAGGAUCAAGAAAGGGUCAUUGAAGAUUUUUGUUUACUGCUGAAUGAUGAAGAGAUUGUUGCUGCUGAGGCUCCUGGAGUCCAGAUUGAUCAACCAGAAGUGCAUGCACCUACUGUGGCCAUUCACACUUCACCAGUUGAGCUCGCACGACAAGCUCGAUCGGCAGCUCGAUCGAGUCCAACUCUAGCUCGAUCGAGUCCGACCUCUUCUGUCCGACAGCCUGUUUUGCUUGAUCCUUACAACCGGUUGCCGCUUCCUCGUCUCGCCUACUUAGUCAAGGUCACAAGGAAGUGA